CUACCCUGACGUCAAAGAACAGAUCACAGGCAAGAUUAGGGUUUUUCAUUUCUCUUAUUGCAGCAAUUAGCCUGGGACUGUAUAAAAAGGGCUACACAGAAAGGGGAGGGAGCCAGAGGGGAAAUCUGGGGACAAAAAGAGAUAGCUGAGAGACACAGAGACAGAGAGAGAGGCAGAGGGAGCCAGAGGUAGUGGGGGAGAAAGAGCACUUCAGAUUAUUCCGGCUGGAGGAAAAAAAAACCUGGUCCUUCAAACUUCCCAAACUUUUUUUUAAUUCACAAGCAAUGACAGGGACCAGCUGAAGUUAAGCAGCAGCUGCCUGACGCUCCUCUGUAAGUACAGCAGUAGUGCAGACACCUGUUUAGCACAGUACAACUUCCCAGUUGCAACCAAUUUCAUUCAUAGUAAAAGACAACAAUUACAAAGGAUCAUCAGUGAAGGCUCUUAUCCUGUCUGCACCAGCUGAAUGAAGAAAGCAACUAGACAGGGGCAUCUUUGAGGGCAGAGGUAGUAGGCACCAGGCUGGUGGUAGCGAUGGGUCUGCUGAGUGUAGACCUGCUGAUCACUCUGCAGAUCCUGCCCGGGUUUGUGUCUAACUGUCUGUUCUUGGCUCUGUACGACUCUGUUGUGUUGGUAAAACACGUGCUCCUGCAACUCAACCGCUCCAAAUCCAGCCAGAGUCAAUGGCGCCGGAUGCUCACCCCAGAAGGUCUGCGCUGUGUUUGGAACAGCUUCCUAUUGGAUGCCUACAAGCAGGUAAAGUUAGGUGAAGAUGCACCAAACUCCAAUGUCAUCCAAGUAUCCAGCAAGAAAACAAGUAGCACAUCAGUCAAACAAGGGACACCAUGUAGCCUUCUUGACUUUGCCAGCUCUGAGCGCCCUCUGGUUGUCAAUUUUGGUUCAGCAACCUGACCCCCCUUCAUAACCCAGCUGCCAGCCUUCAGCAAGAUGGUGGAGGAGUUUUCUAAUGUAGCCGACUUCCUUUUGGUUUACAUUGAUGAGGCUCAUCCCUCAGACGGCUGGGCUGCUCCUGGAGUGGGCUCCUACGAAGUAAAGAAACACAAAAACCAAGAAGACCGAUGUGCUGCAGCUAACAAACUCCGGGAGAAUUACUCCCUCCCCCCACAGUGCCAGGUGGUGGCAGACUGCAUGGACAAUAAUGCCAACACUGCCUACGGUGUUUCCUUUGAAAGGGUGUGCAUCGUACAAAGACAAAAAAUUGUAUACCUUGGGGGAAAAGGACCUUUCUUUUAUAACCUCCAAGAAGUGCGGAAGUGGCUGGAACAGACAUUUGGAAAGAGAGUGUGAACUGAUAAAAUGACAUGGCUGGGCUCAGAGAAAUCACUCCUGAGGACACACCAGUGUACAGUUGUCGUGGAACAUUUGUUGACACUAUGAUAUGGACAUUUGACUUUGGAAAUGAACACAUGAAAACAACCGAACUACAAAAGUUCACUGCAAAAAAGUCCCAAUCCAGAUGUGUGAUGCUAUCCUCAAUGUGACCCGAAUCUUUGGCAGACCUCAAACCGCUGUUCCCUCUCCUCUACAACAAUACACAGCAGUAUAGGCAGAACAUAGGAAGGCAGGGGUGUGGUAAAAGCUGCACAGUCAAGGAGCUCACAAGAAAAUUAAAAGCAAGAAGGGAAAGUCAGAAAUCAAACAAACCCCACAUCUGACAGCUGUUGUAGAGCCCAGUGGCCUUUCCUUGUUCCUGGAAACAUUUCUGCAAAGAAGUGACAUCAAGGAAAGAGGGAGAAGCAGCACAACACCUCCUAGUAUUUAUUACUGAAAAUCCAAUGUUUCACUCAUCAGGUUUAGCUAAUUUUUGUCUUUUUUAACAUAAUUUAUUGUGUUAUCACAAGUCUGCGGUAUCCACAAAUGACACAGUUACCUCAACAAGGGGACAGCUGCAUCAAAACUGAUGUAACCUGCUCUCCCAGGAGCAAUGAUCUGCACGCUCCACACUGGUAGGAAUUUUUUUUCGUUCACGGAUGGUGGGAGUCUCAAUAACUUAACGCAUGGAACCCUUAGGUAUACAACCAUAAAUAUGCCUCCUAUGUCCUCUGAUCCCCACAAGAUGACAUUUCCGGCACCAAUUACACACCAGCUUUAGGCGACAUUCUGACAGGUGAUGUUGAGAAUAAACACUAAUGCUACACUAAUGGUCUGGGAUGGUCCUGAGGGCUUGCACGGCACAAGGGGCUGAGAGGAUCUCAAGGGCCCCGGCUCAUAUAUGUAAAAUCACGUCAGACGACAAUACAGAAGCUAACAUUAAAAGGGCUCCAGUUCUGUACUGUAUCAACGGUUAGGCUACAAUGCCAAAAGCAACUAAUAUAUAUCCACCUCUGUAAGCUUUCAUUUAUACGCCAUUUAAACUCCAUAGACGCUUUACAGUAACUGACCCCAUAGAGCAUUUUAUUAAAAAGUAGGGACGAUCUUUUCUUGUGGUGUUAUUGCCACGGCUGGAUGUGCCAUUGUGAGGGACAUCUAGAGAUUCUUGAAAAAGACCCUGGAUUGUUUGUGCAAAUCAUCAGAUGUAGAACGACUGCUCAGAUCCAAAUCCAGCUGAAGAUUAAAGUCUCCAGGUUGUCUUAACAAACAACAAGAAUAAGUAGAUGUGCUACCCAAAUUACACGGACACUAAAGUCACAGCUCACAGAGUCGGUCACUCGUGUACUACAAUAUAAUAGUUAUUCCUUUAUUUAUAUAGCUCUAACAUAUUCCACAGAGCUGUACAGAGCGUCACCAAUUACAGUGGUCCCUCAACAUAUGAUGGUAAUCCGUUCCAAAUGGACCAUCGUUUGUUGCAACCAUCGCAUGUUGAGGGAUCCGUGCAAUGUAAAGUAUAGGACAGUGGUCUACAACCUGCGGACCUCCAGA